UCAGAGCUAUCCAAUCGAAAUGUAGUUGUGUACAGCUCGGAAUAAUGUCCGGGUGAACAUGCCAUGUGGGAAAGAUAGGGAGCUGAAAAUCCAAACAUUUCUAGCUUGAUAAUACGUUUUUCGACCAAUUGACAAUCUACCAAUUGCUACCGUUACACAUUUAUAAUGUCCUGCCUGUUCCUGAAUCUUAGCUAGCUUGUUCAAAGCUAAUCGAAAGUAUUCUAACGUUAGUUUGUUUACAAGAAGCUAGCUAGCUACUGAUAUAGACCUAGCAAGUGUUAAAGAUGAGUCUUCUACCUCGCACUGCCGAGGAGUUCAGUUCUGCAGAGUACUGGGAACGCUUCUUCAAGAAGAGAGGAGAGAAGGCUUUUGAGUGGUAUGGAGACUACAACAAACUCUGUGGCAUGCUGCACAAAUACAUCAAACCGCGGGAUAAGGUCUUGGUGGUGGGCUGUGGUAACUCUGAGCUGAGUGAGCAGCUGUAUGACGUUGGCUACAGACAUCUGACCAACAUUGACAUUAGUGAGACGGUGGUGAAUCACAUGAACCAGAAGAAUGCCAAGCAGCGCCCAGACCUGACCUUCCAGACGGUGGAUGCCACCCAGACGCCCUACGAGGACGGAAGCUACCAGGCUGUACUGGACAAGGGGACACUGGACGCCAUGGCCUCCCAGGAGGGGGCUCUAGCUGGGAGGAUGCUGGCUGAGGUGGGCCGUGUCCUGGGUAUAGGAGGCCGCUACGUCUGUGUGACCCUGGCCCAGGAGAGUGUCAUCAAGCUGGCUGUGGAGCACUUCAUCCAGGUGGGCUGGGCUGUGAGACUCCAUUGUCUGGGUGACCCAGAGAGCCAGGAGGACUCUUCCUUCGCUCUGCCUGUCUUCGUAUUGGUUUGCACAAAGUUCCGCCAGCCAAUGCCCAUGCCCAUCCUGGAGAUGUGCCAAGGGGAGGAUGGUAUCCCCGUGAGGCUUCCCAUGGUGGCAGACCUGCUGUCUGUGGUGAGAGAGCGCCAGGCAUACGCCAUGCUGAGACAGAGGCUCCGUACAGGUACAGACGCGACCUCUACCCCCUCGUUGACCCUCUGCCAUGCCCCCACUGGGCGACCCCGCUACACUCUCACCGUACAGGACUGCCCCCCUGGUGCCAAGGUUCCUCGUGCAAACCACUUUGCCAUCUUCAUAGUGCCUCAGGGCAGAGAGACUGAUUGGCUGUACGGCUUGGCUGAGGGGCGGGGCCAACUAGCGGCUAGCGCUAACUUCAGACGUCUGGUUGUCGUGGCCAUGCACAGAGAACAGGAGUAUACCGACAUGCAGGCUGUCCAAUCAGAGCUCUCCCCCAUGGUGAUGGAACUCGCCCCCCCUGGGAUGCCAGCCAAUCAGAAAGUUCCGUUCCUGUCGGUGGGAGGUGAGCUGGGUUGGAGGGAGGUGGUGAGUCAUGGUACCAGUGAUCUGAGUGGUCAGUACUCUGUAGAGGACGUGAGAGGAGAGGAUGGUCAGCUCUACCGUAGACUGGUGUUCCUGGGUAACGACGGACUGGUCCAGUCAGAGAGCCGCCUCACUAAUCCAGCAGCAGCAGCAGCCUCGUCUCAGAAGAAUAAAAAGAGCAGAAGGAAAGCCAAGCCCUCUGCCCCUCUCCCAAUGACAACCCCAUCCCAGACACCAGGUGGCGCCCUGGAGGUGGACAAAGGCUAUCUAUGCUGUGCCCACCACAGGGUCAUGGUGGCUGGCCUCGCCAUGCUAGGAGUGGGCACCGACCACAACAAAGAUGUCCCAGUGUCAGUGCUCCUGGUGGGACUGGGUGGAGGAGGGCUGCCCCAGUUCCUGCGGGACUUUGUACCUGGAGCCAGGGUGGAGGUGGUGGAGCUGGAUCCGGCAGUACUGGAGGUGGCUCAGGGAUGGUUCGGCUUCACACCUGAUGACAGGCUCACUGUCACACUGGGAGAUGGACUGGAACACAUUAACAACAUUGAGAGAGAAGGUGGUCAUCAGUAUGAUGUCAUCAUGUUUGACGUGGACAGUAAGGACCCCAGUUUGGGGAUGAGCUGUCCUCCUCCUGCCUUCGUAGAAACAGCCUUCCUGGAGAGAGUUGGCAAUCUGCUGACAUCUCGAGGUGUGUUCAUGUUGAACCUUGUGUGUCGUGACUCUGCAUUGAAGAAGAGUGUGUUGGGUCGUGUGCGGGGUGUGUUCCCGCGUGUGCUCUCCCGGGGCAUCGAGGGGGAGGUCAACGAGGUGCUGCUGUGCUCCAGGGGAACGAGGGAGACAGGGGUCCCGCCCAGCCUGCUGAAGGCAGGGAAGACUCUACAGGUAGCACUGGGCAUGAACAGCAGUAGAACAGCAACCUGCAUCCCUCAGAUAGACAUCACUGAGCUGCUAGAGGACCUGAACGUGGCAUGAGGGAGAGGGGGAUGAGGAGAAGAGGACAAUGUGAAAAAGUAUCAUUUUAAUUCUCAAAAUGCUACAUGCAAUAAUGUAUGAAAUAAAAAUGUUAAGGUGUAUACUGAACAAAAAUAUAAAUGCUACAUGUGAUAAUUUCAGAGUUGCAGUUCAUAUUAGGAAAUAAUUUGAUUUAAAUAAAAUAAUUAGGCCCUAACCUAUGGAUUUCACGACUGGGAAUACAGAUAUGCAUCUGUAGAGCAUGGAUCAGGAAACCAGUCAGUAUCUGGUGUGACCACCAUUUGCCUCAUGCAGUGUGACACAUCUCCUUCGCAUAGAGUUUAUCAGGCUGUUGAUAGUGGCCAAUGGACUGUUGUCCCACUCUUCAAUGGAUUUGCGAAGUUGCUGGAUAUUGGCGGGAACUGGAACACGCUGUCGUACACGUCGAUCCAGAUCAUCCCAAACAUGCUCAUUGGGUGACAUAUCUGGUGAGCAUGCAAGCUAUGGAAGAAGUGGGACAUUUUCACCUUCCAGGAAAUGUGUACAGAAUAAAUAAACGUUUUAUUCUCAAA